CAAUGUGUCGAUUAGUUUACAGCGUGGAGUGAAUUGAAUUUGUAAAAUAUAAAUUAAACGAAACGUGAAUUGGUAAAAUAUAAACAAACGCGAAAUGGAGGAUGUCCUGGAGACGAUGCAGCUGCAGGACAUGCAGUGCGACGUGUGCGGGGAGAAGACGUUCCAGGAGCGCGAGGGAUUCUACUACUGCGUGGAGUGCGGCACGCAGAAGGAUCAGAUUCGAGCGGUGGACAUAACCGCGGAGAUAAACUUCAAUGACACCACCAAGUACGCCUCCCGGACCAUCCGCAAGCCGAAGGAGGUGGCCAACGACGACCACAACGACCCCACCUCGUGGGAGUUCUACAACUACGUGCUGCGCGGCUUCCUCCAGGAGCUGCUCAACAUGGGCGCCAAGCCGGAGCUCAAGCUGAUGACCCUGCAGGUGUGGGCAGCCUACAUGUCCCGCAUGGAGGUCGCCUUCUGCCGGGGCAACACCAUAGGACUGCCCAAGCUGAAUGUGCGAGCGCUGCUCAGAGAUGCCCGCGUCAUCUACAAAUACCAGCCGCCCAAAGUCAAGAGGGGCAAAAAGCAAACUGCAAGCGACCCAAACGACGAUCGCGCCAAGAUCAGAUUGUGGAACAGGAUGAAGCGCAACCUCGACGCCUCGGGCUACAAGAAACAAGGAGGUGCUUCAGAGUCCGAUGGAAGAAGUAUCGGCAUUCAAUGGUCAACACGUGCCCGCAAGUCCCUAAAACGCCAGAUGACCCUGAAGCACCUGGACAAGCACAGUGAACGCAGCAUGUCGUGCCACACCCUGAAACCCAUGGCCAAGCAACUACAUAAUUUUGACCGCAACGUAUACCUCCUCAACUUGACGAAGUUAUUCGUUGUGCUGGGCAUAGCCCUUAACAUGGUGGAAGAUGAUAUCCAGCUAACGGACCUGCUGCGGUUCAUUGAUGAGGAGCACUUGGCCAAGCGGUUCAUGCAGAACUAUCUGCCUGAAAAUUUGGCCACCAGGGGAAAGUCGCUGCUCAAGGAUAUGGAGUUCAGCCGCCAAAAGGACAAGUGCACUCACACGUCCUUGCGCCAACAAAUCUCCUUUCUUUCGCGAUUUAUAAGUUUGACUGAUUACCAGAAACCGAAUCUGCACUCCCUGGCGGAGCGCUAUAUCUUGGAAUUGGGCCUGCCUCCACGCCUAGCAAAGUACGUGGGCGGCCUCAUCGACCUGUAUCCGCCAAAGUUCUACAACGCCUUGGGUAUUCACGUGUACCCGCAGUUUGAGGCCAGGACAAUGGCCUAUAUCAUUUAUGCCAUGAAGCUGCUCUUCGGCUUGGACGACAUCAAGGAGCAAAAGAUAUCCGAAUCGGCGGCAAAGAUCAACGAGCAACUGCUGGAAGUCGGCGGACCAGAAGCUCCUUUGCUGUUUGUGUUCACCGAAUGGAUGGAGUUCGUGGAGAUACGAAAAGUGAUUGUGUCACAUUACAAUCAGAGCUUUGCCCGACGCUUCGGGGUAGCCACCAAAAAUGGUAGGCAGGUGGAUGACAUCUUGGCCAAGGAGCUGAAGGAAAAGGAACAAGGGAACACCUUAAACGAGGAGGCGGGCACGCCGGCAUUGAGGCGUCAGCAGGAAAACCUGACACUCAUCAUCGAAACUAUGCUGAAGGAGCACUUUGGCGAGUCCAGCCAAGAAAGUAUGGAAAAGGAUCACAUUGAAUUCCAGCCUACCCUGACUCCGGCUCACUCCUACUUCAAAAGAAUCCAGCUGCAAGCCUCGCGGUCUGAUGGUGCGCAUGUGACCGUAAAGAUUCCAGACUGCAUGCAGGUGGACCACACGCAGCGGAACCUGGAUCCAUUUGUCCUAGAGACCAAAGAGCUCUCCCAGUACUUGGCCCAGCACGGUCUAGGCCUGCGAGUGGAGGAGCUGGCCUGCCAGGAGGACAUCCAAAAAGUAGGCCUUUUCCGGCCACUGAUAAAUCUGCGAGGCGAGAAUCGGGAGUUCCGAGCCAACUGUGAUAUUAAAACCGAGACAUGGCUCGGCGAACUAAAAAGGAAAGAGAAGCGCCCGGACCUCAGAUUCUAUCAGCCCACUGGUAAAUAUAAUAGCCGGUAUCUCAAAAUUAUAAAACAAGGUUUUAGAAAGCGUGAACUGCUUGAGCAAAAUAAUCCUUAUUGGGAGAUCACCGAGACGCCGAGUUUCUCGAUCAAAUUGAACGACAUGGAGGUGCCACUAGACACCUUGAGCUCGCUGCAAACCUUUAAGGAGGGAAACAUGGACCCCUUAAACGUCCCGCUCGAUCAGCCUCGUCGCCAUCUGGAGAAAAAGCUAAAUUCCAAAGGGCAAGAUAAGGAAUCUGAAGUAAGAACAAAGGAUAUAUGUGACGAACCGACAGACGCCGAGAAACUGUUGCUGCAAGUAUCCAACUUUGAUUGCUGGCUUCUGCACGGCUACAUGAAGAUGGCUCGGCACUCAGACAAGCGUGUGGUGCGCCAGUUGUUUUCCUGCUCCUUCCGCUGGCUGCUGGAGACCUGUGCCAGCACCAUCGGCGUGGAUUGGGAGGUGCUCUACGAACAGCUUCUGGUCAUAGAGGUGAUGUUUCACCACAGCAUUGUGAACUGGAGCAACCACAAGGAAGUCCUAUGUAUUCGGCACAAUACGCAAGAGAAGGACAUCCGAACUCUGGCGAGGACGUACAAGGACUUUUGGUAGAAUAAGAGGAUGAAAUUACAAAGGAAUAAGCAACUAACAUCUUAAAAUACUGAUGUAUUUAGCAUAUAUCUAGGGUACAUAUAAUAGUGCUAUGUUUAAAUAUAAUAGUGAUGGUAACCAUGCCCUCUACAUCAAUCGAUGAUUAAAUGUUUCUUAAGCCUGUUGACAUUCA